AUGGUCCCUAAGAUCAAUUUUCCCGACUUUUGCUGUAGACAGUUGUUGCAUUUUGGACGAUGGAAAAUUUUAACAUCAAGAAUUAAAAAACCAAUGAAUCGUCAAAAACUUGCACAAAUGAAAGCUUUCGUAUUCAACAUUUGCCAGGACAUCUGUACAUACAUAGUUUGCCUCACCAUUCAAUGUUUUAUUGUAUUUACUACUUCCAUGAGCAAUAACAGAGCAUCAGUAGCAAAAUAA